AACAACUAAAAAAGCUACUCUUGGUCACUUUAAGUGAGCAUUGGGGAUUAUUAUGCUGAUUUUGGAAGACUGGUCUCUUUUUGACUGAUGUCAUGAAUCUCCAGUUUUCAGGAUCUUUCGAAGAUGGUUUGGCUGCCUUGGAGGUUUGGAGAUCUGAUGCCACAAUGAGGACUCACACACGGGGGGCCCCCAGUGUGUUUUUCAUAUAUUUGCUUUGCCUCGUGUCAGCGUACAUCACUGAUGAGAACCCAGAAGUCAUGAUCCCCUUCACCAAUGCCAACUACGACAGCCACCCAAUGCUGUACUUCUCUAGGGCAGAGGUGGCUGAGCUCCAGCUCAGGGCUGCAAGCUCACAUGAGCACAUUGCGGCCCGGCUCAGAGAGGCUGUGCACACUAUGCUAUCCAGCCCCUUGGAAUACCUCCCUCCCUGGGAUCCCAAGGACUACAGUGCCCGCUGGAAUGAAAUUUAUGGAAACAACUUGGGCGCCUUGGCAAUGUUCUGCGUGCUGUAUCCUGAGAACAUUGAAGCCCGUGACAUGGCCAAAGACUACAUGGAAAGGAUGGCAGCGCAGCCUAGUUGGUUGGUGAAAGAUGCUCCUUGGGAUGAAGUCCCACUUGCUCACUCCCUGGUUGGUUUUGCCACUGCUUAUGACUUCUUAUACAACUACCUGAGCAAGACACAACAGGAGAAGUUUCUUGAAGUGAUUGCCAAUGCCUCAGGAUAUAUGUAUGAAACUUCAUACAGGAGAGGAUGGGGAUUUCAAUACCUGCACAAUCAUCAGCCCACCAACUGCAUGGCUUUGCUCACAGGAAGCCUAGUUCUGAUGAAUCAAGGGUACCUCCAGGAAGCCUACUUAUGGACCAAACAAGUUCUGACCAUCAUGGAGAAAUCUCUGGUCUUACUCCGGGAAGUGACAGAUGGCUCCCUCUAUGAAGGAGUUGCUUAUGGCAGCUACACCACUAGAUCACUCUUCCAGUAUAUGUUUCUUGUUCAGAGGCACUUUGACAUCAACCACUUUGGCCAUCCAUGGCUCAAACAACACUUUGCAUUUAUGUACAGAACCAUCUUGCCAGGGUUCCAAAGAACUGUAGCCAUUGCAGAUUCAAAUUACAACUGGUUUUAUGGUCCAGAAAGCCAAUUAGUGUUCCUGGAUAAAUUUGUCAUGCGUAAUGGCAGUGGAAACUGGCUGGCUGACCAAAUCAGAAGGAAUCGUGUGGUGGAAGGUCCAGGGACACCAUCCAAAGGGCAGCAAGACUGCUCAUCAAAAUGGUCUAAAUACAAGCAUGACCUGGCUGCUAACUGUCAGGGAAGAGUGGUUGCAGCCAUGGAGAAAGAUGGAGUGGUUUUCAUCCGAGGGGAAGGUGUGGGAGCUUAUAAUCCCCGGCUCAACCUAAAGAACAUUCAGAGGAAUCUGAUCCUCCUACAUCCACAGCUUCUUCUCCUUGUGGACCAAAUACACCUGGGAGAGGAGAGUCCCCUGGAAACGGCAGCAAGUUUCUUCCACAAUGUAGAUUUUCCUUUUGAGGAGACAGUAGUAGAUGGUGUCCAUGGGGCUUUCAUCAGGCAGCGAGAUGGACUCUAUAAAAUGUACUGGAUGGAUGAUACUGGCUACAGUGAGAAAGCAACUAUUGCCUCAGUGACGUACCCUCGGGGCUAUCCCUACAAUGGAACAAACUAUGUGAAUGUCACCAUGCAUCUCCGAAGUCCCAUCACUAGGGCAGCUUACCUCUUCAUAGGGCCAUCUGUAGAUGUUCAGAGCUUCAGCAUCCAUGGAGACUCUCAGCGACUGGAUGUAUUCAUAGCCACAAGUGAACAUGCCUAUGCAAUUUACCUGUGGACCAGUGAGACCACAGGACAGUCUGCUUUUGCACAGGUCAUUGCAGAUCGCCAGGAAAUUCUGUUUGACUGGAAUUCAGCCAUCAAGAGCACCACUGUCCCUGAGGUGAAGGACUACACUGCUAUUGUGGAACAUAACCUACAGCAUUUUAAGCCAGUGUUCCAGCUGCUGGAGAAGCAGAUCCUAUCCCGAGUCCAGAACACAGCUAGCUUUAGGAAGACUGCUGAGCGCCUGCUGAGAUUUUCAGAUAAGAGACAGACUGAGGAGGCCAUUGACAGGAUUUUUGCCAUAUCACAGCAACAGCAGCAGCAGCAAGGCAAAUCAAAGAAAAGCCGAAGGUCAGGCAAACGCUAUAAAUUUGUGGAUGCUGUCCCUGAUAUUUUUGCACAGAUUGAAGUCAAUGAGAAAAAAAUUCGACAAAAAGCUCAGAUUUUGGCACAGAAAGAACUACCCAUAGAUGAAGAUGAAGAAAUGAAAGACCUUUUAGAUUUUGCAGAUGUAACAUAUGAAAAACAUAAAAAUGGGGCCUUGAUGAAAGGCCGGUUUGGACAGGCGCGGAUGGUGACAACUAGUCAUAGCAGAGCUCCAUCGCUAUCUGCUUCAUAUACCAGACUGUUCUUGAUUCUGAACAUUGCGAUUUUCUUUGUCAUGUUGGCAAUGCAGCUGACUUAUUUCCAGAGGUCCCAGAGUCUAUAUGGCCAAAGAUGUCUUUACGCGGUCCUUCUAAUAGAUAGCUGUAUUUUAUUAUGGUUGUAUUCGUCUUGUUCCCAGUCACAGUGUUAGCACUGAAGCCAUAAAAUUGUUUGAUCAUUUUAUGAUCACAAAGAGUCUAUGCAAAAAAA